AUGACUGAUACAUUGGUGACCAAGACAGGGGACUGGUAUUCCAAUCUACUCCCUCUUCAAGUAUCAAAAACUCUUUUGAGUGCAUAUAAUCAAUCUCCUGAUUCGCACUUUGAAUCGAGUAUCGUUACAACACUCAGGAUUCCAAUGCCCACUCCAGGCACUCCUACCACUCCUUAUUUCAAAGGAAAGCGCAUAGAGGAUUUUCUAGACUCGCUUGAGCAGCAUGCAGAUAGUGUCUCCCUGGUUAUGUACUUCGUUAUUGUCACACAAAAGUGCAGAUUGUUAUUGAAGAGGGAUUCCGUCAACGCUUCAUAUGAAAAUGAAAAAACGAAUCCCAGCAGCAAAUUUGAAGACAUUGUCACCCCCGUCCAUUGA